AUGUUCGUUGGUUUCUCGUCCGCCACCGGUACUAUUAUAUCGUCGGAUCAUUUUGUUCUUGGGUGGAGUUUCCAGGUGAAGGGAAAGCUCCACCGUUGGCAUUAUCGAACUUCCGAACUUCCGAAUUCCGAGGUUGGGCCCACGAAACUACAGAGGUUCUACAAGAACGGGAUGCCGUUAAUUGCCCUCUUGUUGAUUCCGGUCUUGUUUGUUUUCUUCCUCGUGCGAUUCAUUGUGAGGAGGAGGAGGAAGUUCGCCGAGGAGAUGAAGAUUGGGAAACAGAGUUCGCCAAGAUUCGAUGAAGUUCAAGGACUUGUACUACGCCACCAAAGGGUUCAAGGAGAAGGGCCUUCUCGGAUCGGGCGGGUUUGGGAGUUUACAAAGGUGUCAUGCCAAGACAAAGAAGAAGAUCGCCGUUAA